AUGUUUCGCCUCGCAGGAACGGUCCUGGCGCUGUGUUCCGUCGCGCUCGUCUCACCGUUGGACGAUACGUACAACAUUGAGCUGAAGCAGAAAGAUGCCGAAGUGUAUCACGAGCAGAGCUUCGGAAGAAACGAGUUUAGCUACGGCUAUCAGGUGGAGAAAACGAACAGUCAGUUCCAGCACAAGGUGAAGGGUCCGGAUGAUGUCACGUACGGGUGCUACGGGUACAUCGAUCCGGACGGGGAGAAGCAUCUCGUGUACUACAUCGCCGAUCGGCUGGGUUACCGAUUGCUGGCACCGGACCAACCGACCAAAGUGUUUACCGAUCGGGUGGCGAACAGUGUGAACAAACUGGACGCCGAGUUGCAGGGCCGCAAGCUGGACGAGAAGGUAGUGGCCUGGAACGAUCUCUACCUUCCUGCGACCUGCAGACGGCUGGACGAGAUCGUCAGCAUCACACCACCGCCGACUCCACCGCCGACACCGAAGGCCACGACUGUCCCGAGUUAUGGAACAAACUCAAUUCGACCCGUCCGAACUGAACGGCCCCUUACGGAGAACAGUAUUGACUCGUUCGGUGGCAUUCAGGUCAACACAGGUCCUUCGGCAUCAGACAUUGGCAGCAGCUCGGGAUCACUUGUCGAGGAAGCACCCGUGAAGGUUCUAUUACCGACCGAUAUUGACGAGAAUGGAACACUUGGAGCUGCCUCUGGAGAUGUGCCAGAGCCGGCAAAGGACGUGCCAAAAAGUGCGAUCGGUGUGAUUGGGAUCAAUCAAGGAGGUUCCAUCGAUGUCUCAAGGUCCGAAGUCUUGGAUAAUGCUAUUGUUUCGUUAUCCACGGCGGCGAACACUUCACCGGAGGCUAAUCUGAUCGAGCCCGUUGGCCCCUUUGGAAAAGGACCUCCAACAACCAAGCCACAGCCAAACAUCGCCGGGCAGAAUCGACCAAAUCUCCAACGACAAGCGCCAGAUUCCGGGUGUGGUGGCCCAGGAACGCCGGCUGAUCGGGAAUCUCCACGGCCAAAGUUCCCAUCCCCGAUGGGCCAGUUUAACGGAUUCGUGUUUCCGAUCAACCGGAACUGUGAUGCCAGUGGCCGCAACACCGAACAGCUGCUCGCCCAAAUGCAGACCAUUAACGAGCUGGUGCUGCAGGUGAGCGAAACUCUCCACCGACUGAUCGGGGACGAUCGCAAUCGGACCACCGCUGGCUCCGACACCUGCGGGCGAGUUUUGGAGCUCCUUAACAUCCAGCAGCCGGUGCCGCUGCUCGUCUACGUGCCCAUCAUGCUGCCUUACCUUGACGGUGGCAUUAAAGGAGCGGAGCCCGGGGGGACGACCCCACCAAAGCUCCUAAUCAACCCCGCCAGCUACGCGUACGCCAAGACGUGCAGCGAGUGUAAAUAG